UGUCAGAUACUGCAGAUGGUAUCAUAUGCUCCCUUGUCUCUCUUGAUAAAUACAGCCUUAAACAUGAACUUGGACAAGCCAUUUCUAAUUAAAUUCCUAAUGAUCUUGUUCAGCUUGGAAGGUCCUGUGUCCAUGAAUGACAAGAUUCACGGUGGUUCAGUGUCCAUGAAUGACAAGAUUCACGGUCGUACAGGAAACCAAAUUAUUCUUUCUGCACCCAAACACAGUACCAAACCAUUUUAUUUAAUAUGGACUAAGAACUCUACAUUUAUUGCAGAUUAUUCAGAUAAUAGUAUUACAUUAUCAACAAAACAACCAGAACCAAACAAAUACUACUUAUUUCUUAAUGGAAGUCUGAAAAUAAAUAGAUUGAGGAAAAUGGAUGCUGGAAAUUAUGAAGUAGAGGCAUAUACUGAAACUGGCAAGCAUUUAUUUCAUGGAUUAAUUACAUUGCAAGUUGAUGAGCUUCAACCAAAACUCAAUGAACUUUGUCCUCAAAAAACAUUGACAUGCGAGGUGAAAUAUUCUGAGAAACCAAAACCCAGAUUUAAAUUGUUUCAAGAUACUAAAGAAAUUGAAACGCUUGAACCAGUAUAUGACAAUGCAACAUGGAAGGUGACAUUGCAAUUAAAAGUCCAUUCUGGAAAAUUCAGAUGUGAGAUUGAUGUUAAUUCUGAGAAGUAUCAUAUCGAGAAACAAAUAACAUGUUCAGGAGAAGAUUUACUUGAUUCAGGAACUAUGUUCAUUAUCCUGAUGAUUACGGGAAGUGUAGUCACAUCAAUCAUCUUUUUGGCUCUGAUUGUUUACUGCAUCAGAAGGAAGAAAGUAAAAAGAUGUGAAAGGGAAGCUGAGGAAUAUGCCCUGCAAAUCCAGAUUAAUAAUCACCUGCAAAAAAGGAAACUUCCUGAGGUUCCUGUUUCUUCUGGCUCUAAUCCAUCAUCUCAAAAAAACAACCCACCUCCUUCUCAACGGCAACAACAGAUUGGUCCCUCCAAAUCAUGCUCUCAUCCGAAACCACCCAGGCGCAUAAAACAAAGACCUUAAGUAUUUUUGUGUUGCAUACUUAUCUCAGAGGAAAUACUUUUGCUUUCCAUAUUAGCACUGCAGUGUCUGUAAACUUAUGGUUAGCCAAACUCUGAGCAGGCUUAAAGUGUGACUGUUGGCAAAUAGAUUAGAAACAAAACUAGAAAACCAGAAGAUUCAGAGUAACUUAUUAUUCCCACACAAAACUUCAUGACUAGGGAGGCUUUGGCUUGUUUUAAUGAUUGUAUGAUUGCUGUCGUUUUUAAGCAAUUUAAGUAUUUUCUUAUGUGACAUUGUUCUAUAUUUAUAUUUCCUAUACUAUAUAUUUGUAGUUUUGCACUAUAUUUUUGUAAUACAUAC